GCCAUCGGUCCGCCGAGAACGCCGCGGUAGCCAUUUUGAUGGAAGUUUGAGGUUAGAAAAAAUAAGCAAGCGGGUUUUUGUUGUGUGUUUUCUGUUGUUUAUCAAUGGCGGUGCACUGUUUUACAGUAGUUGAACACUUGUAACUGAAUUAUUCGUUAGUAGUAAGACGAGCUUUAGCCUCCUGCCUCACGCCACUCGUGUAAAACCGUUGAAAAAAACAACAGCGCGGGCGCAGCGGAGAGCUUCCUGCCAUUCAUUUGCCGUUAGCGAUCUAGCGGAGAGCUGAUGGACGGUAACUUAGGGCGAGAGUUUUAUGGAGAAUAGACACACAUUCUCCCGUGUACUCGUGAUCACAGCGCCUGUGUUUGAUAGAUAACGUACUGUUUGGUGCAGCGUGCGCGUUUUGAACUCGAACGGGUGCAGUAUUUGCUAGCUAGCAGUGCUAGCUGACUAAAUAAUUCAGCGAGCGCGGUGGCUAACCACCGCUAGCACAGAGCGAGCGGCCGCUGUGAUAUUUACUGUCUGAGUGAACUAUGUCUGAGUGUUACAUUCGCGUGGCUGAGGACGAAAAUGAGGAGCCGAUGGAAAUCCCCUCGGAGGAGGACGGCACUGUGCUGCUGUCCACCGUAGCAGCGCAGUUUCCCGGCGCCUGCGGCCUGCGCUACAGGAGCCCCGUGUCCCAGUGCAUGCGGGGGGUGCGUCUCGUCGAGGGCGUGCUGCACGCACCGGACUCGGACUGGGGCAACCUGGUCUACGUGGUCAAUUAUCCAAAAGAUAACAAAAGAAAGAUGGAUGAAAUGGAUGCUGCCUCUGCUGUAAAGAUUAAGAGAGGUAUUCAGAAAACCUCAGAUUUAAUCGUUCUUGGCUUACCAUGGAAAACAUCUGAACAAGACCUGAAAGACUAUUUCAGCACUUUUGGAGAGGUCAUAAUGGUACAGGUUAAAAGAGAUGUGAAAACUGGGAACUCCAAAGGAUUUGGCUUUGUGAGAUUUGCAGACUAUGAGACACAAAUUAAAGUCAUGUCUCAACGGCAUAUGAUCGAUGGAAGGUGGUGUGACUGUAAGCUCCCUAACUCAAAGUAUUUCCUGGAACAGGCUGGGCCAGACGAGCCUAUGCGGAGUAGGAAAGUGUUUGUGGGCCGUUGUACUGAGGACAUGACUGCUGAUGACCUUAGGCAGUUCUUUAUGCAGUACGGCGAAGUCACAGAUGUCUUCAUUCCUAAGCCUUUCCGGGCUUUUGCCUUUGUCACUUUUGCUGACGACCAGGUUGCCCAGUCCCUGUGUGGCGAGGACCUGAUCAUAAAGGGCACCAGUGUGCACAUCUCCAACGCAGAGCCUAAGCAUAAUAAUAUUCACCACCUCUUUUCCAAUUUCCCGGGAAGAAGCCCCUCGUUGGCCGCAAUGUUCGAGCGAUCUCAGUAUCAGUACCCUUCUUCCCAUGUGUAAAUGCUUUGCCAUCAAAGAACACAGCUUCACUCUGCAUUUACUGUGUUAGACGGUGGGUGUUGUCUUUUUCUCCCCUUUUUCAUGGAUGAAUCUGUCCGUUAUGUAUCGCUUUGAGAGCGAGUGAGAUGAUGGUGAUGGAUUGUUGGUGGAGAGACUGAAUGAGCGAACGGACUGAGAGAGAACAUGAACGCAAGUGUGAAAAGAGCUGGUUGUGCGAUGAAAAAAAAGCAAGAUGCCUGCAAGAUGUGAGAAGAACCUGUGUGAGCGAGUGUGAGCAGCAGCAGCGUAUGUUUUCUGUAGCACCAUCAGAUGGACAUUCGUUGCAUCCUUUAUUCCCCUUUGAUCUCUCUCCUCUCUUCCCUUUUCUCAUAUAAUCAAGCUUAUAUAGUUACAGAAAAAUAUAUAUGUAGUGGAAUGUCUAGAAAUCUAAGUAUUUGUAUUGCUCUAUUAUCUGUUGUGAAUGCUUGUAUGGUAUGUGUGUUCUAUCUCCUCCCUGUUACUGACCUCCAAGUGUGAACAAGUGAAGUGGUGUUGUCUGUGAGAAGGCACUGGGGAGUGGGGGUGCGUGGCGUGUGAGCGUGUGCUCUGAGUGUCUAAAGAGGGGUGAUGUGGCGGUGAAAGUUGAAGAAUCCCUAUAGAAAGGUUGCAUUUGUUAAGUGUUUUGAAUGCAUUUUAUAUGUUUUUGUGAAUCAAAGGGAACUCUCGAAUAAAACUAAUUUGACUAGGUAUUUGACAGUGGCUUAUUUUUGAUUGCUACAAAAAAAUUAAUUGAAUUGCAAAAACUUAUUUAAUUCGCAUGUAUAGGGACCUUGGACUCCGCUGGCCCAGGUUUACAUCAGAACCCCGAAUGAAGUCAGUUUUGGGGAAGCUGAAGACGGGAGUUGGUGUAGUGUUGGCGGCCCCAACACAGUCCAACUGUGGAGAUGCUGCCGAAUGCCUUAUACCUGAAAAGGGACUUCUUCACUUCACUGUAACAGGAUCCCUGGAAUCCCUAUUGAAAUUUAAAAGGACAAUUCCAAAUUGGCUGGAGCACAUGCCCAAAGAAACCCAAUCCAAAAUCAAGGGCAAAAAGUCUUUUUAUGGAGAAAUGCCUGAACCCCUCAGUCCCAUGGCAAAUGAUCUUGUUGACACUCAUGCUUUUCGUUUUGUUUCUUGAAUCAUUGUUCUUUGAUAGACUGAUUCAUCUGGCUGUUAAGUUUUUGUUUCAUUUUGUUUGUUAAAGCUGUUACAAUUUUCAGGGUCAACAGCUGUAAUUUUAAGUGGUCAGACUUCACUGAAAGUUGAAAAGGCCUUUUUUGUUUCCACAACAGUAGUCUACUCAUUUGUGUCGUGGGUGAACUGUUUAGACUGACAGGAUUUUGUGUAAUGUUUGGGCUGAAAUGGGGUUAGGCAGUGAAAGACUUGAAUCUCUGUGGUAAUUCCCAGUAGAUAGGCCCGUAGGAAUUGCAUCACUGUAUUUUUAAACUCCAUCCACACGUCUCAUUUUAGUCGUUUAAAGUGUAAAAUAAACAUCUAAUUUUCCAAUCAAAUGGUCUUUGUACCUGUAUAGAGUUCUUGGGUUUUUAGUUUAGUGUUUUAUACAGUUCUGUUGCAGGUUUGGGAGGCUAUGAAUGUGAGAAAAGAACAGAACUGACUUGGCAAAUUGAGACGCUUCUGCUAUGCAGUCCAUGAUUGUGGUAUUGUAAUAACAUCUGAGCCAAGUAAAUGUGUUUUGGGCUAUUGUGAAUUCU